AAUUUGGAAGUCCAAUUUUUUUUAUUUUUAAAAAUCUAUAGAAGUACUUUUUUAAAAAAAAAAAAAUAUUGCCCCCAAGCAAUCACUUUGUUGCCUAGGGGUUAAGACGAUCUUAUAAUUUAUAGGAUUUUUUUUUUUUUAUAUCUUGUUUUUCGUUUAGUGUAUCUCAAGUUUCAAAGAUUGUAGAUUUUCAAAUAAUUUCUUUAUUUGAGGUCAAUGUAAAUUAUUAUUCCAAAGAGUGUACCCCCUUUCAUUUCCUCACUAUAUAUAAUCACAUAUCUUUUCUCAUAACUCAAAAUUUCCCAUUACACAAAUUAACCAAAUAUGGAAAAUACCCUCAAGUAUCUUGCUAGUGAGAGCUUCUCAUAUAGUUGGUUGUUAAAUGAAACUACUCCUUCUCAUGAAUCAACUAUUCUUGAUGAUCAAGAUACAACAUUCUUGAAUUUUUCAAAGAGAUUCUUGGAAUUAGAAUCACAAAAUUUCAACUUUGAUAUCAAUCCUACUUUUUCUUUAGUUCAUGCUGAUGAAAUAUUUUCAGAUGGACAUAUUAUGCCUUUGUAUCUUGACAACAUGUCAAAGAUUGAAAAAGUUUGUAACUUUGACACUUGUUCAACUCCUCUCACACCCUUUUGUGCUACAAACAGAGGAAAACAGAGAAAAUCAUGUGGUAAAAUCUUGGUGAAGAGGUUAAAAUUUCUUUGGUUGUUUUGCAAGAGUUUAGGUAAUUCAAGAAAAGGUUCAAAAGUUGAUGAUUUUGAAAGAAAAGUUUUGGAAAUUGAUAGUAGAAAUUCACCUAUGAGAAGUCCAUCUCAUUGUAUAGAUAUGGAGAAUACAAUUUCUGAGGCAAUUUUGCAUUGUAAGAGAUCAUUUGGUAUGUUAAAUGAUAUUUGUGAUUAAUGAUUUCAAGGCGGUUUCUGGAGUUUAAAUUUAAUGAAUUCAAUUCUAAAGAUUCUCAUCAAUGAACUCAUUGUGUUAUUAAGAUUUAAUAGUUUUUUUUUACGUGUGUAUAUAUAAUAUAUAUCAAAAGUUAUGAAUUUAGAUGAA